GGCGGUGGGGUGAGUCGUGCCUGUAUUCCUUGGCACGAAAUGGGCCAUGGUUCGUCCGUCGGCGGGAUGGGGUUCCACUCGUUGCGCUCCAGCAGCCGACGAAGCGCCGUGAGCAGGAGAACGACGGUCACGCGGACGACGAAAGAGUCCCGCGUCGACGACGACAGUGCGCACGGCGGCGGACCAACCUACGACAAAAGCGACGACACGAGCAGCCCGUCCACCGUCGCAGACACUACGCCAUACUUUACCACAACGUACCUGCCGAACCAAACCAAACUCGUCACUCCCCUCAUUCAAAUCAGCGUUGACAUGCAGAGCCACAAAAUGACUGGCCACGGCGCGUUCCGAGGCGACGCGUACAAGUGGCUCCUCCUGCAACUCGAGCUCAAACUAUCCAUCGCCCAAGACUGCAUCCACUCGUACAUUGGUCACUCGCAGCGCCACGACCUUCGCGGGCGACCCAACCUGUUCGUCGCUUCCGACUACGUCGAUUUAGUCUGCUCGCGACCCCUCCCAGCGCCGCUCGACCAAGUCGGCGCUGUCACGUGGAACGCGUUGACAAACAUGCCAACCCAUGCCAUUCGCAUGACGAGAACACUGGACUCGUGCAGCCCAGAUAUCUUGUACGUGCAGGUCCGGCUGGACAGCGGCCACACUCGAAAUGCCCCACUCGUUGUAAAUGUUCUGUACAAACGCAUCGUCACGGCAAAACAAGCCGUGUUUGUCUAUCGAAGCAUUCUCGAGGACGACAGGUUUCCAGUACCGAGGCAGCCGCUGCACAUUGGCGUCAGUGGAUGGAUGGUCUGUAAGGCGAACGAGGAUGGGGAGUCAUGCCAUGAACACACGUUUGUGCGCGCUCGACUCUCCGAGAUGGGGGUCGAAGACCGAAGUCUGUGGCUUGCCGAUAUCGUGCGCAAGUGGUUUCGAGCUCAAGAGAGCGCACUAAGAGCCCAAUUGUCCAUCGAAAGACCUACUUAUGGAUAGCUUAUACUGAUGUCACCGAUACGAGUGUUCUUUGCUUCAAGUAGUCGGCUGGACCACAGCCAGCAAAGGCGGUGCCGAUUCUCUCACCCCUCUCGAUAUUCAACCACAUCCAUGCAGGACCAUGCGGAACGACC